AUGCUUGAGUCUGAUAAAUCGUCCUAUGGUUUAUCAAGGCAAACAUGGUCGUUCCUUGCAUCACGAGCCUGCGAAUUAGGUGACCAUGAUGCGGCCACUUUGGUAUAUCAUGAAAUUAUAGACCCUAUAGAAGCUUACUUGGACCCCGCAUUUAAUGGAUUGGACAAUCCUCACGUCCCAUUUCUACUAUUCCCAGAUAUCUUGGCUCUGCUCGCCGUAAUCUUCAUGCACAACGGGAAUCACGUUCCUGUUGUGGGCAUUCAGCUGUACUUCAAGAAGUUCUACUCCUACUUUUGGCAUCGUACCAUUUACAGAACCAUUGCAUUAGCCAAAAUCGAGUCUCAAGCAAAAGCUGGGCUCUUUUCAAGGGCAUUAUCAGAUUUUGUGAGCUUGGCAUGGCAACAUAGGGGAUACAGAGGACUUACAAAAGGAAGUGUAGUGGAACACAACUUGAAGUACGCGCUAGAUAAAAAUCAGAAGCUGAGACAGGAAGCGAUCUUGGCUAGCAAUGACCCUUUGAACGAUUCGACUAUUGAGUAUAACAAGUACACACUUCCGGGAAAGACAUUUCAGUCAAUUUUUGAUGGAGUCAUUAGCAUAGCUGAUACUCCUUAUUUUAACGAACUCAUAAGGAGUAAAGUUAAGCAGGUAAUAGCCGAACGCAGCUCAGUGACCGAACGGCUAGUCAAUUUUAUAUCGUCAAAUCAUCAUGGAUUGACCACCCCAGUCGUUGCAGCUCUAUGUUCGGAUGGCCUAGUAUUCGAGGCAUGGGCCGUCGUUAAUCAAGCAAGAGCAUCGUUUCCUCGCGUACAUAAGAAGGUAUUUUUUCGAGGCGGCGAAGUCUUUGUGCAAAUGUUCAAAGCUAUCAAAGCCAAGUUUAACACUAGCGAGAUUACAGCCUCUGAAUUGAGACAACUCAGUGAACUUUUGCAGACAUGUCGCAAUAUGUGCCUGGAGACAUAUGACCCUGGCUGGUCAUAUGAGUGUCGACUUGCUUGUUUGCAAGCUUUGCUCGCUUGUCCAUCGUCUUUAGGACAGGAAAUCAGGCUUUAUUUGUAUGAGUGGAUCUCUGAGCAUAAAUCGCACUCUAGACUACAAAAGCCUCUUAUAGCUUUGACUAAAACGGACUAUGAAAAGUUGAUUAGUAUCAAUGUUGGUGAUACUAUAAUCUCCUGUGUAUACCCUAUAUCCGAAAAUUAG